CUUGAAAGGACGCGGGAAUAUGAGCUCGACAGGCGCCCCGCGGGCGUCGACCAAGAACAUUGGCGCGAGCAAGAAGAUCGCAGGCUCCAAGCUGCGCGCCAACGAGGCCGCGUCCCGCUCGCGCGUCAUGGGCGCAUCGCAGCUCUCGCAGUCGAGUCGCAAGGUCGCGGGCGGGAGCGGCCCUGGCGGCGCGUCCCAAGCCGCGCAAGUGUACCUCGAUGGCGUCAACGUAACACCGCAGUCGCUGCUCUACACGCGCAUCAAGACACACGACAAGGCGGCGCGGCGGGCUAAGAAGGCAGCCGACGACGGCGCGAGCUCGUCGAGUUCGUCUGUCGUUGCGUCGGGCGCGCCCGAGGCGUCGGCCCCCGAGCAACCCAAGACGCUGGAUGCAAUCUUAGCGAGCGCACCACCGGCAAAGCCCCCGGUGGCCAUCAAGAAGCUCGAGACCGACGACGGCGACGGCGAUGGCGGCCUUGUCUCUGGCCUCGACGACGUCAUGGAGGUGGCGCCUACCAACGGCCUCAGCAGCGAGCGGAAAGUCAUGUCGGAGGAAGCGCCCAAAAAGUCCAUCACGGGGCCCGUCACUAUCCUCUUCUCCGAGACGCCGACCAUAAUGCUCUUUGAGCUUCUGAGUGUCUGCGUCGGCCAAGACACGCCUGUGCACGGUGUGAUUGUGACCAAAAACAAAAAGUACCUCGAGAUGUGCAGUGCGAAGAAAGGCAGCGACAACUACAUCGAGAACCGGACGCAGACGCUGCAGCUCGCGCAAAAGACCAAGGAAGUCAUGACCGCGCCACCCGCGACGCGCGACGUGUCGUGCAACGCGACCGAUUGGGACAUUUUCGACUGUACGCAAACUAACGACGACGUGCAAGGCAACGAGCACGACGAUGGCCCCGACCCAUCGCGCCCUAGCAAGACGCAGCAGGACGCCGACAACGUCGACGCGCAGCUGGCGCGCCAAGUGGAUGAGAUCGUCAAUGCGAGCUUGGCCUCACCCGGCUGUCUUUUGGCGGUCGACGGCGCCGACGUGGUCUUGGACCUCAAGGCCCGGCAGCGCACCGUGGGCAAGGCCAAGCCGAGUACACCGGGGCACCACACCGGCGGUGCGCACGAUUCGAAGACCAACUUUUCGCGCGUAUCCAAGGCCGGGAGUGGCGCGUCGUCGACGAGCAACUCGCAGGUGCUGCGUCGGGCGGGCCAGAGCACGUCGACGGCGGUUUUGUCGACCAACGACAUCAACAGCAAUAGCGGUGACAUCUCCAACAGCGGCAGCCAAGCCGACAUCAUCUCGCGGAGCAGCAACAACUCGGACGGCAACUCGUCGCACGACGGCGGCAAGCACGAGAACGCGUACUCGGCCGCCAACACCAACGUGGACCUCGGCGAGAUCAUUGCGAGUCAAAAGACGACCAAAGUACUUGCCUCAGCGGCGCUCGACAAGCUCCUCAAGGUUCUCGAGCGCGCGGUGCAGCAAAACGUGUACCACGACCGACACCUUUUGUACCGCAACUUUCCGACCUUGUCGCUUAACACGCCAUCGCCACGGCUCGCACCCACCAAGAGCGCAGUCCACGCCGCAUCGUCACUGUACGAGACGGCCGAGCUCGAAAAGCUCUGGGGGUUUCGGUGCAGCUUGACCGACGGCCGCACCGUCUCGUGUCUUGCGUGGAACCCUGUCAACGACGACCUUCUCGCCGUGUCGUACGGGCAGUUUGAGGCCGGCGACACCACGGACGGCCUCGUGCUCUUUUGGUCGCUCAAGAACCCCGAGUUCCCUGAGCGCAUCUACGUGCUGCCGUGCGGCGCCACGUCGAUCGACUUUAGCCGGAGCCAGCCGUACAUGCUCGCGGUCGGCUUCCACGACGGCGUCGUCGCGCUCUACGAUACGCGCAAGGACGAGACGGAGCCGAUUUUAACGAGCGAAACAACAACGGGUCGCACCUGGACGCCGUGUGGCAGGUCAAGUGGGUCCACAAGGGCAGCGAGCGCGGCGAGAGCAUCGUGUCCAUCUCGAGCGACGGGCGUGUGACCGAGUGGAGCAUGAAGAAGGGACUGAGUUUCUCGGACCUCAUGACGCUCAAGCGGGUGCCCAACCCGCUCCUUGGGAGCGAAGCGCGCAUCGACGGUGUCAUUGCGCGCCAAGCGAGCGGCAACUGCAUUGCGUUUGCGGAACAUGACAGCUCCGUCUACUUUGUGGGCACGGAAGACGGCAACAUCCACAAGUGCUCGUGUUCGUACAACGAGCAGUACCUCGAAACGUACUUCGGGCACACGGCGGCGGUCUACGCGGUGCAAAUGUCGCCGUUCUGGGACCAAGUGUUUCUCUCGUGCUCGGCCGAUUGGAGCGUCAAGCUCUGGCACCACGGCGAGUCGACCGAAAUGCUCAACUUUCGAUCCGUCGACCUCUUCCACGGCGUCUACGGCAUUGGCUGGUGCCCCAACGACGCGACGAUCUUUGGAAGCGUCACGGAAGACGGUCGCAUCGAGAUUUGGGACCUCGAGCAGUCGAUUCUGGAUCCGAUUUUGACCCACUUUCCCAAAGAGGAUGUGACCUUGAAGUGCACGUGCAUCUCGUUCGCGCCGUCGUCGCCUGUCCUCGUCGUCGGCGACAGCACGGGCGAAGUCGGCGUGUACCGCGUCCCGAUCCUCGCCGAGGGUCGGUGCGACGGCAUGAGCGUCGAGGAGCAGAUCGAGCGGCUGCAACGCGCCGUGUCGCCGCACCAAGUGACGUGACCUAACCGCGUUGAUAUCCAGAGACCAUUUGUACAGCGUG